CGUUGAGUUCUUUGCUACAUCUUGACGUGUUGUUUUGUGUUGUGUUAGGUGGUAAUUGAAAUGGUGUUUUUAAUGAAGACAAAAGACUAUCUAUGGCGUUUAAAUCAUUGAAGGAAAUAACGAAAAGUUCCUGUUAAACUAUGUAAAAGAAGCCUUACCCCAUCUCCAAAUUCCGAUACAUGAAUAGCUCAAAACAAGCAAGCAAUAAAGUGUAGUUCCUGCUAAUGCUAAAUGAGAAAGAGCUGAAGAGUACUGAUGGGGCAUCACUGCAGAAGACAAAAGUUUGGUUACAUAAAAGUAACUUUUCAAUUUCGAUGGAUCUACAACACUGAACUCUAAGAAAAUGAACAGGGUAAUCCUCUACACUACAUUUUAAUUAUAAAUUUGGGGAUUUAUAUAAUAUUACUGUGCAUUAUUUUGAUAUAUCAUAACCUCAUUUCUAUAGAACAUAACCAUAUUUUUAUGAAAUACAACUCUUAGUGAAAAUAAUUUAAUUAGUAGAAUAUCGAUAAUAGUUUAAUAUUUUUUUAAUGUCUGCUUAUAAUCAGGCACAUUAAUAAUGUGUUCAUCUAUAAAUCUUGAAAUAUAUUCGGUAUUGAAUAAAUGUUUUAAACCAUAACCUAAAAAUCUUGGAUAAAAAACAAGAGGAUGUGAUACAGAAUAAUGGCUUUACGAGGAAUUAAAGUGGUUGAAUUGGCUGGUUUAGCUCCAGCUCCUCUAUGUGGCAUGAUUUUAGCAGAUUUUGGAGCCUCAGUACUGCGUGUAGACAAGGUUAAUGCAGAGACAGAAUUAGAUUGUCUUUGCAAUGGAAAAUCAUCUUUAGCACUAAAUCUAAAGUCAGCAGAAGGCAAGAGUAUCUUCAGAAAAUUGUGCAAAAAGUCGGAUGUGUUAAUAGAACCCUUUCGAAGAGGUGUCAUGGAAUCACUGGGCUUAGGUCCAGCAGUGUUACUUGAGGAUAAUUCAAAGCUAAUAUAUGCCAGAUUAACAGGAUAUGGACAGGAGGGUUCCAUGAGUUUAAAAGCAGGACAUGACAUUAACUAUGUUAGUUUAGCAGGAUUACUUUCAUUCUUUGGUAGAAGUAAUGAUAAACCAAUUCCUUUUAAUUUUACUGCUGACUUUGCUGGAGGAGGUUUACUAUGUGCAUUAGGAAUAGUAAUGGCCUUGUUUGAAAGAAAUUCAUCAGGUUUGGGACAAGUGGUAGACAGCAGCAUGGUACAAGGGUCUGCUUAUGUAGAUAGUUGGGUGUACAGAUCACAACACCUUCCAGUGUGGGGGAACAACAGAGGAGAAAACAUAUUGGACUCAGGGGCACACUUUUAUGAAACUUAUGAAACAAAGGACCAAAAGUAUAUGGCAGUAGGAGCACUUGAACCCCAGUUUUAUUCCAAUUUUCUCAAAGGCCUUAAUUUGAAUGAAGAUGAAUUGCCUCAGUUUGGGGACUUCAAGAAAAAUAAAAAGACAUUAGUCAACAUAUUUAAAGAGAAAACUCAGAAAGAAUGGUGUGAAGUUUUUGAUAAAUUAGAUGCUUGUGUCACUCCUGUAUUAUCAAUAAAAGAAGCAGCACUAAAUGAUCACAAUGUUACAAAUAAAACGUUUGUAAAAGAUGUAGAGGAAAAUUAUGCACCCCAGCCAGCCCCCAAACUAAGCAGAACACCUGCUCAAACGCAUUGUAAAGAAGCAUUCCCAAAAAAUGGACAAGAUACAGAGGUAAUUUUAAAAGAUUUGGAUUUUUCUGAAAAAGAAAUAUCUGAUUUUGAAAGGCUGGGAAUAAUUAAAAUAAUUCCUUCAAAGUUGUAAUCAACUUUUGUUUUAUAAAAUAAUUUAUUAAAUUAAGCAGAAAUCAGUCUUAUUUUGCAAUAAAGACUCAUAUUAGAAGUUGAA